AUGACAGCCAGCUCAUCUGUCAACGUUCUGCUGUCAAACCUCAUCAAGGGGAACCUGCUUCCGUCGGCUCUUAUCUGGAUAACUUCCAGGCCUGCAGCAGCCAAUCAUAUCCCUCCUUCAUGUAUUUCCAGGGUAACAGAAGUACGAGGCUUCACUGACGCCCAGAAGGAGGAGUACUUCAGGAAGAGGUUCAGUGAUGAAGAGCUGUCCAGCAGAAUCAUCUCCCACAUUCAGACCUCCAGGAGCCUCCACAUCAUGUGUGGAAUCCCAGUCUUUUGCUGGAUCACUGCUACAGUUCUGGAGAACAUGUUGACCUCAGAGCAGAGAGGAGAGCUGCCCAAGACCAUGACUGACAUGUACUCACAUUUCCUGCUGGUCCAGACAAAGAGGAAGAAGAACAAGUACCAUGGAGGACAUGAGACAAGUCCACAGGAGCUGAUAGAAGCUGACAGAGAAGUUCUUCUGAAGCUGGGGAGGCUGGCGUUUGAACAUCUGGAGAAAGGAAACAUCAUGUUCUACCAAGAAGACCUGGAGCAGUGUGGUCUGGAUGUCACAGAGGCCUCAAUGUACUCAGGAGUUUGUACAGAGAUCUUCAAAAGAGAGAAUCUGAUCUUCCAGAAACCAGUCUACUGCUUUGUUCAUCUGAGCAUUCAGGAGUUUCUGGCUUCAGUCUACAUGUUCCACUGUUUCACCACCAGGAACUCAGAGGUAAUGAAGAAGUUCCUGGGAGAAACAUACAGUGAAAUUUCUCUGGAGGGCAUCAUGAAAAAAGUCCUAGAGAAAUCCUUCUCCAGUGAAAAUGGCCACCUGGACCUGUUUGUUCGUUUCCUUCAUGGUCUCACUCUGGAGUCUAACCAGAGUAUUUUAGGAGGCCUUCUGGGUCAGACAAAGAACAGUCCAGGAACCAUCCAGAGAAUUAUCAACAAUCUGAAGAAGAUGAACACGGAUAGAAUCUCUCCUGACAGAAUGAUCAACAUCUUCCACUGCCUGGUGGAGAUGAAUGACCUCUCAGUUUUUAAGGAGAUUCAACAGUUCCUGAAAUCAGCAAAUCAACUGUCAGAGAUUCAGUGUUCAGCUCUGGCCUUCAUGCUGCAGAUGUCAGAGGUUCUGGAUGAGUUGGACCUGGAGAAGUACAAUACAUCAAAAUCGGGACGACAGAGACUGGUUCCAGCUGUGAGGAACUGCAGAACGGCUCGGUGA